AUGGCUAUCGCCGACUUCUUCAUCACCUUGCGAGGUAUAUUGAUUAUCGCACCAUGGACUAUCGAACUGAUUCUUAUGGACCUGAUCAUCUCAGCCCUCCUCCCCGUUAGCUACUUCUUCCCCAACUUCGUCUACAAUGCCUCGUCCUUCGUCGCCUUCACCUGCUGGAACUGGAUCCAAUGCAUAUUUGAGAUCUUCAACGGCGGCAAGAUCUCGAUCUCUGGCGACGUGCUACCAGAGGGUGAGUCCGCCAUUGUUAUUGCAAACCAUGUCAGCUGGACCGACUUUUACAUGAUACAAGCCUUGGCUGUUCGUGCGGGCAUGCUAGGAAGAUGUCGCUGGUUCUCCAAGAUAGAGCUCCGAUGGGUUCCAUUGCUGGGCUGGGGUAUCUGGGGUAUGGGCAUGCCUAUGGUUAGUAGGAAUUGGUUGAAAGACAGGGCGGAGCUGGAUAGGGUAUUUGCGGGCGUGGUAGUCAAGAAAUGGCCUACAUGGCUCAUCAGUUUCACUGAGGGCACGCGAUUCACACCGAAGAAAUACGAGGAAGCAAAGGUGUGGUGCAAGGGGAAUGGUCGACCAAUUCCGAAACAUCUACUUUACCCAAGAACGAAGGGCUUUGUCACGACAGUACAACAUCUAAGAAAGGCAGAGCAUAUGAAGGCCGUUUACGAUAUGACGAUCGCUUACGAGCACCACCACAAAUUUCUACAGGCGCCUACAAUAUGGGAAUCUAUCUGUUGUGGAGAUUUGAGUGGCAAGAGGGGAUACAAGUUCCACGUGGACGUAAAGAGGAUACCGUUAGACGAACUCCCAGAAGAUGAUGCGGGAUUGUCAAAAUGGUUGGAAACACGUUGGAUAGAGAAAGGGGAGUUUCUGGAGGCGAAGCGAGAAGAAUGGGCGAGGAGUUGA